AUGCCGACAAAAAGGUGGACAGAAAUAACGCAAAAAACGGUGUUCAUCAUCCUGCUGCUCGAGUACGUCGAGACGGGGCGGCUAUGGAAUUUUCUGAGGCCCUAUUUCGACGAUUGCCAGCAACGAUUCGAGCGCUCAGUCGCCGUCGACGCGGAUGUGGCCGAAUGGCCAAGGGAAAACGUUGCUGGAUACAAGGGCCGUCGAAUCUCCUUCUCCGUGGCCGUCGACACCGACCGUUUGGCCCGUUUGAGCCAGCAGAGCUUGGACGAGGAUGAGGAAAACCCGUCGUCCGACCAAAAUCCGGAGCUGUGCACGAUUGGCGUUGAUGCGGCGGCGGAGGCGGCGGAAACCGGACCCGAGAUCCUCGUGCCGGGCCCGUCGGAAUUGGAGGACAUGCCCUUGAGGGUUGAGGAAGAAGCGCCGGCCCCACUACGACUCCGUAGAAGCAAGGCGGAAAUGGACCCAAAAUCGUUGUGCGACGCCCUGGCAGAAUGUGGUCGACAGCUAAAAUCGAAGAAACGGAUGUGGAUGCCGGAAAAAGGCAUUCCGGAGAAUCUCAUCGUCCAUUGGGCGGCCCAGAUGGUCAGCGCCCUCUACGUGCUGCACACGAACGGCGAGUAUCUGUGCGACCUGGGCCCGGAGAACAUCUUGAUCGGCCCCGACGGCAACGUCCUCAUCACGUCGUACGCCGUCUGGAAUGGCAGGGAAUACUCGGAGAUGCGGCUCCGCCCGGGUUAUUCGGCGCCUGAAACGUUCCGCGCUUCCUUCGAACCGACCCCCGAGGCGGAUAUUUGGACGCUAGGUGCCCUGAUUUACGAGCUGGCCACCGGACUGCCGCUGGCCCAGGCGGGGCCCCAUGGAAUUGGUCGCCCAUGCCUCGAGCCUCCCUUCCCGGCGUACUGCUCGGCGUCGUUGUUUUGCCGGGAUCUCGUCAAUAGGGUUUUGUUGGAAGAGCCGGACGAGCGGCUGACACUCGACGCGAUCCGCGCCCAUCCAUUCUUCGAGAGCAUCCGCUGGCAACUCUACGACAAUCCCCAUACAUCUACU